AUGGCAUCUCCAAUUUCAUCAUCCUCGCCCUUUACCCGCUCAGUCGUGGAAUCUAUGAGGAAGAUCUACCCUGAAGCGCUAGCAGACAAGAGCUUUGACAACACUGGAUUGCUUCUUGAGGCUCCCUUUGACCCAUCACGACGACAGAAGAACUCGGUUCUCCUCGCCAUCGACUUGACAACCGCCGUUGCCGAUGAGGCUAUCAAACGUCGGGAUUCAGCCAUCGUGGCCUACCAUCCGAUCAUCUUCCGCGGCCUGAAGGCUAUCACCCUCGAUGAUACACAACAACGAUCACUCCUGCGAUUAGUCCAACAUGGAAUUAGUGUCUACUCCCCGCAUACCGCAGUUGAUACCGUCCCUGGAGGAAUGGCCGAUUGGCUUUGUGACGUGGUAACGGGUACCUUCCAACCCGUCGCGACUCAGACACAUCCUGCUUCUCAGAGCUGUAAUUCCAAGUUAUACUCGGUUCCGACCUACCCUCAGGCUCAAGCUGUUCCCACUGGAGCAUCGGCAGACGCAUCCCAGCAAAUCCCCCAUACCCGAUCCACCAUCCACCCAUCUCCUGCGGCGUCAAUUCCGGAAGGAUUCGAGUCGGCCGGUGCGGGCCGUCUGGUCACAUUCAACGAGGAUCAACCUCUUACAACUCUGAUUGACCACAUUGGUCGUGGUGUUGGUCUCCCCGGCGGUAUCCCCAUUGCGAUUCCGCAAUCGCAGUCAAUUGACAACAUUCGCAUUCGUACGGUCGGCAUGUGCCCCGGUUCGGGAUCGGGAGUACUCAUGCGCGGGAACGAAAUCCCCGAUCUGCUAUUUACGGGCGAGAUGAGCCAUCAUGAGACGCUGGCUGCUACGGAACGUGGUUCGGUGGUCAUCUCUUUGGCCCACUCCAACUCCGAGCGCGGAUACCUUCGGGCUGUCAUGCAAACCCAAUUGCUGCAGGAACUCUCGCGACAGUGGAAGGCCGACCGGGAGAGUGCUCUGCAGGCCCUUCACGAUAGCGCGAAGCAGGGUGGAUCAGCUUUGUCCUCUUGCGCUGAGAUCUACCAAGAUGGCGGCGUAGAGGUAUCAGUUAGUGAAGCCGACCGUGAUCCUUAUGGAAUCAUGGUCUGGCGAGGAUAG